GGUGGUUCAAGAGCAGGGUUUUCGGCGAAAGGGAAACAUAGGGGACCCGAAGAUCUAAAGGAUAAGGGAGAAUAUUACAACACACUCUGGAUUUGCAAGUAACAUUGGCAUAAUUGAUGCAUUUAAACUGUAUUUUAAGUUUUAUCGGCGGUGUGGAAGGAUCUGUCGGUAAAACUGCAGGCAGGACUGCGUACAACUAUUAGGGUGAGGGGGGAUUGGGGAAGCGAGAGUUGUUGGGUCAAAAUGUCGAUUCAGUACGAAGUGGAACCGUUGGCAGACAGCUACGGGGUUGCGGACUCGUUCCCCAAAGAUUUUGGAUAUGGAGAAGAGGAGGCCGACAUCGAGGAUAGCCCAACUCCAUCUGACAGCAAACCUAGAAUUCUGUUAAUGGGUUUGCGAAGAAGUGGCAAGUCGUCAAUACAGAAGGUGGUAUUCCACAAAAUGUCUCCUAACGAGACGUUGUUCCUGGAGAGCACCAACAAGAUCUACAAGGACGACAUCUCCAGUAGCUCAUUUGUCAACUUCCAGAUCUGGGACUUCCCGGGUCAAGUGGACUUCUUUGACCCCACCUUUGACUACGAGAUGAUCUUCAGAGGCACGGGUGCUUUGAUAUUCGUCAUUGACGCACAGGAUGACUAUGUGGAGGCGUUGGGCAGACUCCACCUCACCGUGUCGCGGGCCUACAGGGUCAACCCUGAGAUUAACUUUGAGGUGUUCAUCCACAAAGUGGACGGCCUCUCCGACGACCACAAGAUCGAGACCCAGAGGGACAUCCACCAGAGAGCCAACGACGACCUGGCAGACGCCAGCUUAGAGAAGCUUCACCUCAGUUUCUAUUUGACAAGUAUCUAUGACCAUUCAAUAUUUGAGGCCUUCAGUAAAGUGGUUCAGAAGCUUAUCCCACAGCUGCCAACACUGGAAAACCUUCUAAACAUCUUUAUAUCCAACUCCGGCAUAGAGAAGGCCUUUCUGUUCGACGUGGUCAGUAAGAUCUACAUCGCCACAGACAGCAGUCCGGUGGACAUGCAGUCUUAUGAGCUGUGCUGUGACAUGAUCGACGUGGUUAUAGAUGUCUCCUGCAUCUAUGGUCUGAAGGAGGAUGGCAGUGGUAGUGCCUACGACAAGGAGUCCAUGGCCAUCAUCAAGCUGAACAACACCACAGUCCUCUACCUGAAAGAGGUCACCAAGUUCCUGGCGUUGGUCUGCAUCCUCCGAGAGGAGAGCUUUGAGCGCAAAGGCUUGAUAGACUACAACUUCCACUGUUUCCGGAAGGCCAUCCACGAGGUGUUUGAGGUGGGUGUUUCCACACCGUGGACGGGCUCCCAGGCGGCCGGCACGCCCUGCACCAAGGCUGUGACACUCAACGGCACGCCCCGGAGCACUGUCUAAACACAAAUGGACAGACGGAGAGAGGAUAGGAAAGGACAGAAAGAUAGAAAAGAAAGAUGGGGAGGGAUCGUGCGGAAAAGACUAAUGGAUUGGGGUUUUCAGUAAACCAAUCAUAACUCUCGCACCCAGAUCCUAAAAAUCACAGGAAGAGGACUAGAGCUAAAAAUUCAAAUGAAGGGUCAGGGCUGAACCCGAAGCUCAGAGGGUAAGGAGGACUGCGAGCUUACAAAGCUAGGAUGAAAGGGAAACUGAAUGCAGAGAUACUAGGAACAUUCGUACAUUUCGUGUGAAUGCAAGGCAUUGUUUUCCGCUGUUUGGCACUCUGCCACGAGUAAAAACGGCUAAAUGAAAGUCCAACAGGACUGGUAUACGUAAGCAAAAGCGUAUGUGUUAUUUGGGAACUUUCAGUGAGAGAGGCCUCACGUGCUUCAAGUCCCAGGAGACCUGAGGAAGCUUGGUAAUAUCGUUGUCUGUUUUAGCUGCUGGUUCAUCCAUGUGAAGAAGUACUUUUUAAAAAAUGUAAACGUUGCUGUAACCCUCGAUAAGGAGAAGAAACUGCAUAGGCUGUAACGGGGAUCAGUAUAGUUGUGUAACCCUGUGCAGACUUAUGGGUCGAAGUCUCUAAGAAAUGCUUGGUGUUUAUCCAAAACGCACAUGGUAACACUUUCUCAAGGCCUUAUUUAGAUAGAAAGCUUGCAGCAGGCAAGCUCAAUCACUACUCACCCGCCUGUAUGCUGCCCAAGACUUUGCUUCUGGUUUCAUUCAUUCUGAAGAAAACAGGGUUACUCAGAGUGCAAAAGGGAUUGUAGUGUCCACUUUUUCUGCUUCUGUUCUGCGUGUGUGUCUGAAAAAGAGGAUAGUUGGGGAUUAUGGAUUCAUGACUGCCCCAUGUUGAUUUGCCAGUGCAGGACCUAUGCUCAAAGUUGCUGUAGUGUCAUACUGUAUAAUGCUAUGCCAUGUUGGAAAAUUGAGCUAAAGAAUAAACCUGUUACCAGUGGUUUGAUCAGUGAUGCUUCUAGAUUCUAACUAGGAUUUGUUGCAGUUGGAUAUCUGGUUCAUUAGAAUCUUGCACAGAUGAAACAUUCUACCUUUUGUCUUCUGGAAAUAAUCCAUUGCAUUGGCUUAUUCUCUUGGUUUGGCUAUCAAAUGAUGCAUGCAGUACAAGCACAUUCUAGAUAUAUCUAUCUCCCUUAUGCAUAAAGUAGUCAGUUUGGCCAUAUUUUCUGACACUCCAUUGUAAUACUGCCCCGCAUGGAUGCUUGCCAUAGACCAAAUGCUACUAACAGCCAACCAACUAUACCAAUCUUCAACUAAUGUGUGCAACUCAUACAUUUAUGACAUCACAAGUUCUUUGAGCAUGACCCUUCUCUUUACUGAAGCAGGUGGAGUCCGAUGCCAUUAGGAAUGAGCUAAUCUGGUCCCAGAUCUGUUUGUGCGGUCUUGCCAAGGCGUGACAAUGAAUAAAAGAGUUGGCGAGACUGCACAAACAGAUCACGGACCAGCCUAACUAGGAAAGGUCUCUGAUGGGACCUAUACAUUCCGGUUGUGUGGCACCAAUUGACAUUAUAUCAUUUAAUGUUGGUUAUGAUCAUGAUAAACAGAAUGGUGGCAAUGAAACGCCGGUCACCACUUCAAACCCUGCCUUACGUGACUAGUUGUUUCAUUCACUCAUCCCCCAUCGCACAGGAGCGGCAGGUAGCCUAGUGGUUAGAGCGUUGGGCUAGUAACAGAAUGGUUGCAAGAUCGAAUCCCCGAGUUGACAAGGUAAAAAUCUGUCGUUCUGCCCCUGAACAAGGCAGUUAACCCACUGUUCCUAGGCCGUCAUUGAAAAUAAGAAUUUGUUCUUAACUGACAUGCCAAGUUAAAUAAAGGUACAAUUAAAAACAUAUUUGUUUUUAAAUCGCGCCGUCUGGCGCAUAUAGGACAGCAACAACGGCUUUCCACUUCUGGCACUUUGGAAGUCUUCUCCACUGUGCUUUAGCUUUGCUGAUGUUGAUCAGCAUUUCGGUGUCUAUUAGGUUUGUCUCAGAGCCUCAAGGAGUUGGGCAAUUGCUUGUUUGUCUGAGGAGGUUGGCGUUUAAUGCAUUAGGCCAACAGAUGUGGAGUAUUCUUCGCAGACAAGUUGCGUGUAAGGUGAAUUGUUUGUUCUGGUCAGUCACUUUCCAGCACUCUGUACCAUACAGCACAACACUGGUGGAUUUAGAAUUUGAUCUUUGUGCUGUUAUCUAUCAUCUUGACUUACAAAUCUGUUGGAACUUUAAGAAGGUUUCACUUUAGCUGAGGGUUCUGCUCAAGGACUUUUAUCACAGCAAUCCACACACAAAAAAACAAACACAGCAUGAAGCCAAUAUGAAAACCCAUUCCAAGCAUGUAUGCAAUAACGUGUCGUCAAGCUAAAUUAUUCUCAACAUAACAUUGCUCAUUGUAUUUCACUGUCGGUAAGGGAGACCAGGUCUAACCAUGAAAAUGAAUCCUGGGAAAAAAUGACCAAAUUGCAUUAUUCUGCCCUGAAUGCAAGAAAGGUUGUUUUUUUUGUUGCCUGUGUUUGGUUUGUUCAUUUGUUUUUGCAAAUAGACAUUUGGAACUAUAGUAAAUCCACUGUUGUCAGUUCUGCCAAAGGUUUUAUCAUUCACAUGAAAUAAACACUUGCACAUCAAAA